AUGGUUAUAACGGCCUUAUGGUGUAUACAAAUGAAGCCAAGUGAUCGUCCUUCGAUGAAGAAAGUCAUAGAGAUGCUCGAGGGGGGUGUUGAAUUCCUAAAAAUGCCUCCCAAGCCUUUUCUAUGUCCACAAGAGAUGCCAGUGGGUGAUCUCGAUCAAGACAGCUUGAAUCAAGCAUAUUCUAAGACCGAGCAAACUUCUACUUCAUCAGCUAGGUGA